UUGCCACGCUCUUUCCAUUUUCUCACCACAAAUAUCAAAUUCAUACCUUUCCUCCUCUUCCUCUCUCUUCUUCACACUCACAAUCUCAAGUUCCAAUCUUUCCCUUUUUUCGUUAAGUGGGUUAUCUUAAUUCACUGCUAUUGUUCUUCCCUUAUUUCUCAGUUCCCACCAACCAUCAUCAAUUCCACUUUAUUAGUAGUAGUACUGUUUUUCUUUUUUUGAAAAAUUCUCUCUCUGUCUGUGAUCUUUUUGUGGGUGGGGCAUUUAUGACUCGGAGGAAGAGGAUAUGGUCAACCGAGCAAAAGUGGGGGGUUUGGAGAUAAUAAGAAAAGAUAAUGAACUGGGACACGUGCUACCACUUUACUUUAAUAAAGUUUCUUAGGAUUAGGACUUAGGAAGCGUUUCCUCAUCGUGUUUCUCAAUGGUGGAUUCUGAUCUCUCUCAAUUCAGCUCCACGCAAUCAAGUUAGUGGCCAUUUCGCUGUUUCAAUGAGUGCUCAUUUGACGCCGCCUCUGUAUAGCGGUUUUACUGUUUGAAAGUUUGUUUUUUAAUUGGAGGUGUUAGUGCCAUAUUUGGAGCCUGUGAUCAUGGUGGUUUCGAAUUAAUCUACUUGGGACGUUUCUUCUUAUCUUCUUCCUUGUUCUAGCUUAGGAUACUCCCCUGAAUGGGAACUGAUGGCAGUGAACUGGUAGACACAGUACCAAAUCCUCGCUCCUUUAAGGUACAUCAUGCAAUGUGCACAGAUCUCAGGAAAUUAGUUGAUAGAACCUUGCGGAUACUUCCACGUAUAGAGGCAGUGCGCCCUCCAUCCUCAGGAAUAAAGGCUCUGUGUUCGCUAAGAAAUGCAAUUGAUAAAGCCAAAGAACUCCUGCUACACUGCUCAGAAUCUAGUAAACUCUACCUGGCAAUAACAGGGGAGUCCAUACUCUCAAAAUGCCAGAAGGCAAGAAAAUCAUUAGUGAAAAGCUUACUCCAGAUUCAGAAUAUGGUUCCUGUUAUGUUGGCUGCAGAGAUUUCUCGACUAAUUGAUGAUCUUGAGUGUGUGACAUUUGUCCUGGACCCUGCUGUAGAAGAAGCUGGGAGGGUGUUGAGCCAAUUGCUCCAGCCAUCUUCUUCAACCUCAGAUACAGAUUCAAUGGAAAAUUUUGAAAUAAAGUAUUUUCAGUUUGUAGCAGCCAAACUUAGUAUUACUUCCCCAGCUGCCAUCAUAACAGAGAAACGAUCUAUUGAGAAGUUGCUAAAAAAAGUCAAACCAAAAGAGCAGACAAAAGAGAUUGUCUUGAAAAAUCUUUUGUUUCUCCUGCUAAGCCACCGAAAAUCAAUCACGGGAAAACAAAUGGAGGUCUAUUCUCAAAGUGAAGGACCAAUCACAACUGAGAACUCUGGUCAUGAGUCUCAAAGAACACUUCAUGUUGAGUCAGACCCAUACUUGAACCAUGGUCAUUACAGAACUCCUGCCAGUGAGUUGGGUAGACUUACACCUCCUGAGGAAUAUACAUGCCCAAUAUCUUUAAGGUUGAUGUAUGACCCUGUUGUCAUUGAAUCAGGAGAAACUUAUGAAAGGAUGUGGAUACAAAAGUGGUUUGAUGAGGGUCAUACUAUAAGCCCAAAAACUAAAAAGAAACUGGCUCAUAUGGCAUUGACUCCAAACGUUACCUUAAAGGACUCAAUAUUGAAGUGGUGUAAAACUAAUGGAAUCUCCAUUCCUGACCCGAGUAGGCAUGCACAAGAUUUACACUCAUGGGAAGCUUCCUCCAAUUCCGUUAGGAGUUUUGCAAGUUCUUUGUAUGAUUUGAACUUCCAAAUGGAUCUUAGUAACGUAUCACUUGGAUCAUUAGAUACCAGCUAUAAUUCAGAUUCCUCCCAUGCUAAGCCCAAUCAUGGCUUAAAUUUGAUGUUGAACAAGACAAGUGACAAUUCUCGUGGGCAUCAAUCUCAUGCACAGAUACAUGAAGCUGAUAUGCAUUUGUCUAAACUCCAUGAACUGCAAUGGGAAUCUCAAUGCCAAGUCAUUGAAGAUACGCACAUAGAUUUCAAAUGCAAUUGCCAAGCUUUUUGCUCUGUGUCAUCUGAGAAUUUCAUUGACCCACUCACAAGAUUUCUGAGCACUGCAUGUGAGAGACAAGAUGUAAAAGCUCUGAGAGCAGGAACCAUGUUGCUAUUGGAAUUUAUGAACUGCUGCAGAAAUGGUAUGACCAAUUUAAGUGAAGAUACAUGCAUUAUGUUGGCAAGUCUUCUUGAAACAGAGGUGAUUGGAGAAGCUCUUGCCAUAAUGGAAGAACUGUCAGGGAAUUGGAAUGAAAAAGCCAACACUGCAGCUUCCAGUGUGCUCACCUCUGUUUCAAAGAUCCUUGAUUCUGGUAACAAAGAGUUUCAACGAAAAGCUAUUAAAAUAAUGUAUAAUUUUUCUUCCAAUAGUGAAAUUUGUUCCUACAUGGUAUCACUCGGAUGUAUCCCAAAGUUACUGCCAUUUUUUGAAGACAGGACCCUUUUGAGAGACUGUAUACUUAUCUUGAAAAACCUUAGUGAUACUAAAGAAGGUAGGGUAACUUUUGUUGAAACAAAAGGAUGCAUAGCUUCUGUUGUUGAAAUACUUGACACUGGCAAUGAUGAGGAAAAAGAACCUGCACUAGCUAUUAUACUCUCUUUAUGCUCUCAACGUGUGGAAUACUGUCAGAUGGUUAUGUAUGAGGGGAUUCUUCCUUCUCUUGUUAACAUCUCUAAUAAAGGAAGUGAUAUGGCGAAGGCUUAUGCGGUGGAACUGCUCCGCCUCUUGAGGGAUGAUGACGAGUUAGAGAAUGGAGAUUGUUAUGAGACAAACCCCAAUGCCUCUCAAGAUUCUAACAAUCAGUAUCAAGAAAAGAAAUCAUCAAAGAAGUCGACAAUUUUGAAGAAACUGUCACGCUUCUCAAAAUCCAGUUCAGUUGCAUCAAAAAACAAGAGAUGAAACUGAAUUCCCAUGCAUUUUGACCUUUUGUAUAUAUCCUCCAGAUCCUUUUCAUGGGGCAAUAGAUUAUGUGCUUGAUAGGAGACACUUUGGAUUGCUGGAUGGCAGAUAGGAUUUUUAGAUAGGGUCUUUUAAUCUUUGUGGUGGAUAUUGGUUUAGUCUUUCAUGCUCUUGAUGCCAAAUCUCCUCUUGCAGCAUUUGCAGUCUGCUACAUAAUUUUGCACAGUAACUGCUAACUGUAUAAAGUAUAGUUCUGUUUUAUGGUGUAUAGUUAUUUUGACAUGCCAAGUCAGAGAUGGAGAAGAUAGUUGAGAAGUUCUCCUUUUUCUCCUCUCCUCUCAAGAUGUUUGCUGUCUGUGACUUGGUGGUCACGGAUUCUAGUUAUAGGAACAGCCUUAGUAGUUAAGUCAUUGAGCUGCCUUUCCAUUUCUUAUUGUAUUUGUAUAUGUUAAAACAAUAUAUUUUGAGCAUUGAUUUUAGUAUAGAUAUUUGGAAAUGGUUUAUAUUGUUCACA